ACCUGUUGAGAUGCCUGAUGAUAAAUGUGUGAUCAGAUCUCAAUCAGACAGCCAACAGAAGCUGAAAAUGUGUUGUUUUGCAGUGAUGUGGCUUCUGAUCUUCAUCUGCACGUCGACAGUUUGCGCUGUACCCAUAAAUCGAACCCACGAGAACAGUCAUUCCCCAGUUGAUGUCGUUGCCUUAAAUGACACCCAGAAUGUGAUUAGUCCUGUUCCAGGUACAGUUGUUUCAGUAGUUGAUCUGCCAGAGCAAGUCAGUUCAGAGACCUUAGUAGAUGACAUGACUGUCCAAGAGGGAGACAUUUUGAUGCCGGAGGACAGGAAUGCUGUGCAGACCCUGUGGUCAGACGCUGUCGUACCUUUCGCCAUCAGUGCUGAACUGGCUUAUCAAGAGUCAAACAUCUUCGCUGCCUUCAAGAUGAUAUCAGAUUUCACGUGCAUUCGCUUCCGAAGGCACACUACAGAGUUUAACUACCUGAAGUUAAUAGAUGGCAAUGGCUGUGCGUCCUUCAUUGGCUGUCAAGGAGGACCCCAGCCGUUGUAUUACUCUCGGACCUGCAGUGUGGGGAACCUCUGCCAUGAGCUCAUUCACGCUCUGGGGCUGCAUCAUGAACACACCCGCCAGGACCGGAAUCAAUACGUCAAUGUGCAGUGGCAGAACAUCAUACCAGGGGCAAAAAUAAACUUCGUGGUGAAAUCAGGGAAUACUCUGAACCUGCCGUACGACCUUAACUCCAUAAUGCACUACGGAAAGUUUUUUUUCAGUGUAAAUGGAAAUGCGACGAUGUUGCCCAGGUACAGCACAGAGCAGAUGGGUCAGCGAACACAUCUCAGCCCUCUGGAUAUACAGAAACUGAACAAACUCUACCACUGUGAUCAGCGUAGCACAUGGCAUUGAGCGGGCUCGCUGUUGGUUAAUCUGUGUUUGCUGUGAGAUUUAAUAAAAAUUUAAAAAAUCC